AUGGAUUACCUUGAUGACGAAACAACAGAAACAUUAUUAAUGAAAUAUGGGUGCUCAAAUAAUCUUCCUGUUGUUCCAGAUAUACAAAAACCUUCAUCAUUAGAAGAAUCUAUCGAAAAAGCAGGAAAAUACGUCCUAAAAUUAAGAGAUAAAAGAUUUCCUGCAGAUAUUCCUGUUGGAUCUACACCAGGAUCUGUCUACAAGCAAGCAUAUAUCGAAGUGCAAAAGAAAAAUCAGUCACAAGCUAAUGAUAUAUUUAAAUUUCCUUCUCAUCUAGUUGAUGACCCAACAGUUGAAGGGUGGUAUCAUAUGACGCAUGUUACACAGAUUCUGAAAGAAAUUAACUCUCUUCCAUAUAAAGAUAUCGUGAAAAAGAGUGAAAUGAUUAAAUUAUUUCAAGAAAAAGUCAUUAAUCUCGUAAAAAUUAUGAAGAAAGACGGUCUUAUUGUCGCCAAUACCAGAAAAAAACCUUCAACUGUCGCAAUCGAUUACUUUGUUAAAGAAUUAAACAAAUGUCGCAAAGAGCUCAUCGAUAAGUCGAUCAAAGAGAAUCAAAUAGACAACGAUUUGCUUACCGGCGAUGUCGUAAAUGAAUUUAUUUCCCCUCAAAAAUCAACUCUUCGACCUGGUCGCUUGAAAGUACCAACUUUUCCAGAAGAAGAUGGUGCCAUUGAAGAGAAAAUUACGCGUAGUAUUGCUUUCGCUGAAAGCGCUCUUCCUCCUUCGUAUCGCUACACUGAUUUAUGUUUGAAUGACGAGUCGAGGAAAGAUUUUCAUAGAGGACUGAAGAAAACACUUAACGCAUUUAGCGAAUUCUUCGAACCAAUACCAAAAGAAAAAGCGCAAACAGUUCCCGUUUCUCCGAGAGAUGAUUUCCUUCCACCGCCAAUUUUACCGAAAACACCACUUAGAGUUCUCACAAGACCGGUCUCCCGCAUCAAUACACCUAAAAAGGUGAUACUUAAACCGCAAACAAAACCGCCAAAAAUUAUCAAUGUCUGGCAUAUGACGGAUCCGAUCGCCAAAUUCAGAAAUGGCGUCUUUGUUGAUGAACUAAAGGAAAUGUCGCACGUAAUUGGCAAUCUGGAAAUUCCUCCCUCUGAAAUUGAUUCAAAUGAAAAUUUAAUUCCGGAUGUUCUGAAAGUUGGAAACACCCAAGCCGAACAACCGGAUAACCAGCCGAAUAUGAUGAACGAUACAUGGAAUACUGACCUUGACGAUAAGAAAUCUAUCGACGAUAAAAGUAAGGAAAAACUAAAUGUUCCAUUGAUCAACGAGGAACAUAAACCAGAUCCUUACUUUAUACAGUAUGUAAGUAACGCGAUAACUUCAGCAGAAAGCGCAAAAGAGUUAUUAUCUCAUUACGAGCUCAACAAAAACGAUCAAGCUGGAACAUCUACGGAAGAGAUAUUCCAGAAUAUAUGGAAGCAAUUGGGCUUUUCUAUGAGGCAAAGAUUAGAAAUGUUAGUAAAAUACACAAAUUCUUCAGAUGAAGCAUCAAAACUCACAGAUUCUCUUCCAACAUGGGAGAAAGCACUUCAAGAAUACCAACACUAUACGAAAUGUUAUACAGAACUUCGAGAUUUUAUUCGAUUCGAAUAUGCUCCAGGAGUUAACGAUAGAAAGCUCAACGAACUACACGUGAACAUACAGAGAUCUGAAGAAGCGCUUACAAACGUCGCAACUACGUUAAGAGAAAACUACGGCGAUGAAUUAAUCAUUCACAGGAAAAGCUCAGCAUCGUUGAUACAACUACAUCAAGCUAAAAUCCGAAAUCUACUACAAGAAAAGCAUAUUGCUUAA